AUGGUGCAAGAAUUCCAUGUUCUUCGAUGUUUUUCCUGUGAAACGUUUCAGGUACAACAAGUCAAAAAGAGUAAAAAAUGGACAUGCAAAAUGUGUGGGGAAAAACAGUCUGUUAUAAAGGAGUAUGGUCGAGGUACAGGGGCAGACUGUAGGCGUCAUGUUCAGAAGCUGAACUCCUUGCGAGGGAAUUUGCUAGAAGAGGAAAAUCAGAGAGCAUGGACUCAAUGGGAGAAAGAAGGAGAGUAUUGGAGUGAAGAGGAGCAUGGAGAUGAAGCUCAGACAUGUGAACAGCAGGCUGAGGCUGUAGCAGAGAGUCGCUGGAGUAAAUAUGUGGAGCAGGCAGAGAAAAGACCAUCAGAGGAUGAAGAAGAAGAAGAGGAAAAUGUUUACACAGAGAGAAGAACAUUCAGCAACUGGAAGAACAUCAGGAAGAGGAAGACAGGCUACAGGACUAGGGUCGGUGAAGGCCACUGUGAUGGUGCUGAGAAUAAGGACACAGAGUCUGGGACAGGACACUGGAUGACUGAGCGACAGCCCCUGCAGCCCCAGAGUAGCAAAGGAUUCUUCAGCCGUUUGUCCAGUGUGGAACCAUCCCUGAAAAGUUCUGUGCCUCAUAGGCCUAAAGAGGCAAGGACUUGGUCUGCUAAGGGAAACUCCACCUCACCAACCGUUUGUACUGACACCCCUGUGGCAACCUGCUGCACUAACCCUGCCUCAUAUGGCAUUGCUACAGAGCCUUAUUCCAGAACAGCUACAGGCACUGGACCUGCUGAUGUCACCACCAAAGUAUCUUCAUCAGAGUUUUUCAGAGGACCCUCUGGUGGUGUCUCCAUUGGUCACAAGCUCAGUGGCAACAAAAUGGAGACAAAGGCCUCUAAAUGGGUGGAGCCUAAAGACAUGAACCGUUUUAAACAUGAGAGGGGAGGUCCCUCUGCCAGUGUCCAAAUGGGUGAAACAGUUGGACUGGGGAACAGAACUGGAGGUGUUCUGGAAAGAAUGAGUUCAGUAGUUAGCCACUGUGUGCUUGGCAGUUCAACCAAUCAGACAAGCAGUCCAUCUUUCACCUCACAGUCAAGAAACCAUUUGGAAAAACCGGUCUGUCACCAGCCUCCGCCUGUCAAGCGGCCAUGUCCCACCCUCUCUUUCAGCUCCCUCUUCCACACAGAUGAAGACUUUGAUGAUGCAUUUUAA